AUGUGUUUAUAUAGAAAUCCUUUGGAACUGAGCAUCUGCGUGGAUUCAAUGCUCAGCGAGCUUAGUACUUCCAAGCUUUCUCCUCAUAAAUACUAUGAACUCUCAAUUCGAGCUUUCGAUGAACUGAAGAAAUUGGAGAGUUUCUUUAGGGAUGAGACAUGGCGUGGUUGCUCCAUUGCAGAGCUUUAUGAGCUUGUGCAGCAUGCCGGUGCUUGUGAUUUGCAGAAAAGUAGCCAUCACAAAUGGGAACUCUGGAUUUUCUUUGCAGGCUAUUGAUCUGUUGGAAUUACUAAAGUUACCUCCAUGUUGCUUUCUUUAUGCCAACGAAUUAAUUUGAUAAACAUGUAGUAAAGUUAAGAAAAAUGUGUUGUUAUGGUCUUUAAAAAGUGUGUGUUUGAUGAUAAAGAAAUGUUUUGACAGUGAAGAAAGCUCUGCUAUCUGUAUCCAGCUACUUGCAAGCUUGUCAGCAGAUUUGUAAGACAAGGAUGGUUCAACGAGAAGCAUUAUACAGGUCUUCUAAUGUUUUCUAGGGAGAUGAGCAUAAAGAAAUGGAUCCUCAUCACUUGGUAAAUUGAUCACAAAUAAAACAUUAAAUUUUUUUUUUUAAGAACUUUAUAUAAUCUCUCCAAUGUAGAUCUCAAAGUUAAGAAAAAAUUUAUAAAGCUCUUAUCUUAAAUUAAUAGUAUAUUUAAUGUUAAAAUAUAUUUAAGAACCUCAACAUGAAGUUUACCA